AUGACAAUUCAGAAAGUUGCCCUGCUUGGAGCGGAGGGCAACCUAGGGCCGUCCAUUCUGGCGGCACUCACCUCACAUGGUUUUGAUGUCACGGUACUAAAGCGCCAAUCCUCCAAGUCGGGCAAGAAAUACCCCAAACAAGUGACUGUGCCUGAUGGCUUCGCCGUCAAAGAUCUUGUGGGGCCUCUACAAGGCCACGACGCUGCUAUUAUUGCUAUUCGGAGCGAAGAUACAGAUCUUCAGAUCCGCUUCGCGGAUGCGUGUGUGCAAGCUGGAGUCACGAGAUUGAUCCCCGCUGAUUUUGGCUCGGUUGAUUCUUCUUCGCCUUUAACGCAGGAAUUGGUGCCUCUCUAUAAACAAAAAACCUUUGUGCGAGAACACCUCAUCAAACUCUCCCAACAAAACCCCACCUUCACCUGGACAAGUCUAGUCUGCGGCCACUUCUUCGACUGGUCCCUCGAUUUCCUCCACGUCAACCUCCCAGCCCACACCAUCGACAUCCUCGACGACGGCGAAGCUCAAUGGUCCGCAAGCACACUUUCCCAAAUCGGAGAAGCCACCGCCAGGAUUCUUUCACGUGGGGAGGAUAUUACCAAGAACCGCAUGAUUUAUAUUCAAAGUUUUUUGAUUUCGCAGAAUCAAAUGGUGGAGUCGUUUGAAAGGGCUACAGGGACGAAGUGGACGAGAAAGGUGUUUGAGUCGGAGAAGUAUAGGGUUGAGGAGAAGAGGAAAGCUGAUGAGGGGGAUAAGGAGGCGAAUGAGAAUUUGGUGUGGUUUUUGGGAGCUGUGGAUGCUAAUUGGACGUUGAGAGAGGAUUUUGCCAUGGAGGAUCUGGGGCUUGAGGAGGAAGACUUUGACGCUACUGUCAAGGCUGUGGUGGCCAAAUUCACCGGUUCAUAG